GGGAGUAUGUUUUUCCACAUUAUGCACUGUGCCGUCAAAGAGGACACAGCAGUUCCGCCAAGUGCCCGCUGACGCGACCGUGAGUGUUGAAAUAAAAAUGACAAUGGAUACCGACGUGACGCCAAUCAAAGUCGUCAAAAGGCCGUUCGACGUCGCUUUCCUGAUGCUACCAGACGACAAACUCAAGCAAAAGCAGAGCAAAAUCCCCAAAAGCGACUACGAAACCACCAACAACAACGAAAGCGUGGACGAAGACGAGGAGAUCGAAGUGGGAAACAACCAGGACUUCGUCAGGACACACAAGUACUUCACCCAAAAGCAGCAAAUCUUCGACGACCCCAACCUCAUCAAAACGCGAAAUUUGGACGAACUGCGAGGCAAGAGCGACCCGAGCUCGUCGGAGCAGAAAAGCGCCUUCACAAAGGUAAACCUAGCCUCCAAAGAGCUGCGUCUGAGCCCCAACCUGUCCAUAAGCCCGGACCUGAGCUACCAAAACUCCCUCAGUCCGUCCCCGCCCAUCAUCAACCGCUCGUACCAGAACUCGCUCUUCAAAACGCAACAAAUCAACGCAUAUCAGAACACUUUCCUCCCGGAAAACUUCGCGCCCGAAAACCCCUUCCUGAUGAAAAACCCGGAGUUGAUUCAGCCCAACUUCCCCAAAAUGCGGCCCAUGUACAGGCCCGAGCUCCCCUACAAUUACCAGCAGUUCCCGAAUCAGGAGAUGCUGAAAAUUGCCACCCCCGAGAUACGAAACCCCGCCGCUGCGAUUUUGACGUCGUUGUUGCCGCCGUCGUUGGCGGCGUUGUCUCUGCCGGCGCAAAAUGUCUGUGCCAAAUGCAAUAUCUCGUUCCGGAUGACGUCCGAUUUGGUCUAUCAUAUGCGAUCGCAUCAUAAGAAUGAUUCGGUGGAUAUGCACAAGAGGCGGAGGGAGGAGAAGCUCAAGUGUCCGGUUUGCUCGGAGUCGUUCCGGGAAAGGCAUCACCUGACCAGGCACAUGACCGCACAUCAGGAUAAGGACGAGGAGGAUGGAGAAGCCAAAAAGUAAUUUAUCUUGGACGGUCAUUUUCUGGGCGUUUUACGUAGCAAUAAUUGUGUAAUUAUAGGGGUUUCACGUGGCACUAUUUUGUAAAUAUGUAACAUAAAAUUAUGAUUUGUUGAUUUUGUUGAGAUUUUGGUUGUGCAAUAUUAUCACAUGAGUUAUGAAUAAAAAUUUACAUUAUC